UGUCAAGAAAUCCAAUUUGAAGAUUUGCUUUGCAUAUUUUUCAUGAAAUGAAAAGACGGUCUCACCAUCAUCAUAUGCAAACCUUAAAUGGUUCCAACCAGUAUACGAUGAACUCCUUAAAUAGAAUACCUACCUUUUGGAUAUCUCUUCCUCUCAGUUAUGUUAGUAGUUAUACCAACUCUUUAUGUGGUUCCACAGUUUUCAUCACGAGACGAUGGGACAGAGUCAACAAAAGUAAAUAUUGUCUACGCAGCUCUUAUCGCAAGCUACUUCAUACAAGGUUGUAUAUGGGGAAUGGAAAUAGUUUUGGACGUUGUUUUCGAAUCAGUACUUGGGGCGAAUCACAUGGAGCAGGUGUUGGUGUGACAAUCGAUGGUUGUCCUCCACAGUUGCCACUCACAGUAGAUGAUAUCCAAAAGGAACUGGAUAGAAGAAGGCCCGGUCAAAGUAGAAUCGUUACGCCUAGAAAAGAACAAGAUGAAGCCGAAAUCUUAUCCGGUGUCGUGGAUGGCCAGACGAUUGGUACUCCUAUAGCAAUACUUGUUCGCAAUCAAGAUCAAAGACCUCAAGAUUAUGACACCGUUGCAGUUAAAUAUCGUCCAUCUCAUGCAGAUGCCACUUAUGAUGCCAAAUAUGGAAUUAGAGCUGUAGCUGGUGGUGGAAGGUCUUCUGCCAGAGAAACUAUUGGUAGAGUUGCAGCAGGUGCAGUAGCUAAGAAAAUUUUGGCUACUUAUUGCAAAAUGGAAAUUCUGGGUUAUGUUCAAAGAGUGAAAGAUAUUUCUGCUCAACAUUUGGAUCCCAAUCAAGUUACUUUGGACCAGAUUGAGAAGAAUAUGGUUCGUUGUCCCGAUGAACGAGUAGCACAAGAAAUGAUCGAGUUGAUAGAUAAAGUAAGGCGUAGUGGAGAUUCUUUAGGAGGUGUUGUAGAGUGUAUCGUAAGAAAUGUUCCUGCAGGUUUAGGUUCUCCAGUAUUUGAUAAGUUGGAAGCGGAAUUAGCAAAGGCUUGUAUGUCACUUCCUGCUUCCAAAGGUUUUGAGAUUGGUUCGGGUUUUAGUGGGACGUAUAUGACAGGUUCUGAACAUAACGAUGAGUUUUAUAUAGAUUCGGAUGGCCGUACCCGUACACGAACGAAUCGUUCAGGUGGUAUUCAAGGUGGUAUAUCUAAUGGAGAAAAUAUUAUUUUGAGAGUUGCUUUCAAACCGACGAGUACAAUUGGCAAAAUUCAAAAAACAGUGAGUAGAAGUGGAGAAGAAGUGGAACUGAGAGGGAAAGGUCGACACGAUCCUUGUGUACUUCCUAGAGCAGUUCCUAUGGUAGAAGCCAUGGUGGCUUUGGUUAUGGUUGAUCAACUUAUGCAACAAAGAGCCCAAAGUUUUCUUCCUUUUAGAAAAGAGUCGAUUACAUUUCAUUCUCUUGGAAAGCAAUUAUAAAGUGGAAUGAAUAAUAACGACGCUUCAUACUAUUACAAUUGUUGGUUUUUCUUUUUCCUUCCAAGUUGUUAUUCCUACUGGAGCGACUACUUUGGAAAUAUAUCUCCUUAUUUCUUUGCCAGUUUAGGCACUGCACUGGCUGUUGGUCUCUCCGUUCUCGGUGCUGCUUGGGGUAUAUUUA